CUUGGACUGCAGCUGAUGAAGGUAACCCAUCUUCUGGUCUGAAGAUCCACUGUGAGCUCGAGGGCCACUCCAAGGAGACGGAGAACUGGUUCACGUGCAGCUGCACCAAAUUCACCGAGGCUGCAACAAGGACUACCAUCACAGCUACAAUCUGAGAUGGUGGAUGAUCAGAACUUCACUGGAGAAACAGACACUCCAGCAGAGCCGAGCGUUUGGAUGAGUAGCAGCCCGGCUCGCCUGAAUCGCCAUGGAUCUGUCUUAAGUGCCGCCUGUCUUCUGCCUCUGGAUGCGCUUCGCCCUCCCCCGCCGCACUUGUUGCGCAGAGAGUGGAUGCGCCGCUGAGUCCUUGGAGAGGAGAGGCAGAGACGGACUGCAACAGGUGCACACAGAGCAUCUCAUCCAGCGAGGCUUCGUCGGAGCACUGAACUUUAAAUGUCAGUUUAAGGACCCCUUUACCUUCUUCAGCCUCUGCCGCGCGUACAAAGUCAGGAUGCCGGUUUUGACGAGCCCCGACAUCGCCAACAAGUUUAAGGAGAGAUGGCUGGCGGCUUACCCGGAGGAUCAUGUCACUGGGUCUGAAUCUGUCCCGCUUGACGACAGCCUCACCAGCCUCCACUGGCUCCAGAAUUUCUCCAUCCUCAGCGCAGACCCGGAGCGUCCCAGCGGCACUGGACCCGGGUGUCCGUCCUCGCAGCAGCACUUCUUCAUCAGACGCCUCGGCUUUCCCGGACCUGGCACCGAUUCUCCUUCCAGCCCUCCAGCCGGGGACACCGCUGCCACCGGGAUGCCUCUGUACCUCGGAAGCCCCGUCACCUCUGGCAGCGACUCCACCGCGGCGGCUCCGCGAUUUUCCAGUGGUGCACAUCCCACAUCCGGCUACCCACAGAUCCCGAUUCAGCCAAGCCCGCCGGUGGAGGUUGACUACAAGACCAACCCGAAAGUCAAACCGCCCUAUUCCUACGCCUCUCUCAUCUGCAUGGCCAUGCAGGCCAGCAAGCAGCCCAAAGUGACUCUUUCCACCAUUUAUAACUGGAUAACAGAGAAUUUCUGCUACUACAGACACGCGGAGCCCAGCUGGCAGAACUCGAUUCGUCACAACCUGUCCCUCAACAAGUGUUUCAAGAAGGUCCCCAGACAGAAGGACGAGCCAGGGAAGGGAGGCUUCUGGCAGAUUGAUCCUCAGUAUGCUGACAUGUUUGUCAAUGGCAUCUUCAAACGCAGGAGGAUGUCUGCCAGUCACUACAGCAAUAGCAACAGCAGCAGUGGCACCCACAGACAAAGCAAACUAGUUCAGGGUUAUCACACUGCCCAAAAUGGCUGCACGUACCAGGGGAUGGGCGGCAAACGAAAGCACCUGCCCUUGAAAAACAGCAACAAGGUGAUGAGGGCCACAGAGUCUCCUCUGUUAGCCACAGAAGCCAACAAAGCAGACAUCCUGAGAGGGGACUUUGACCUGUCCUCUGUGUUUGAUGACGUUCUCAGUGGUAACUGUAGCACCUUUGAAGAUCUCGACAUCAACACGGCGCUGAGCUCCCUGGGCUGUGAGAUGGAGCUUUCUGGGCAGGGGAGGCAGGGGAGGUGGUGUGGAGGAGCAGACAUUAUGGGUCAGAGCCAGCACACGAACCUCCAUCACCAGUCCUACAACUACAUGGACCUAAGUGCUGCUUCCAUGGAGUGUACCGUCAGCAUGGGAGAGCUCCACGUGCCUCACACGGAUCCACAGCAACAGCAGCAACUGGACCCAGAUCACUUGCUCCAGAGCCACCACCACCACCACCACCACCAGCAGCUGCAGCAUUUUGACGAGCCCUCCAUGCUCUUCCCGGAGCAGCCAGAAGAGGCGAUACUGCAGCCGUGGGAGGAGAUUAAAGAAGAGGCACAGGCUAUUCCUCUGACUCUGGAUCAGGGUUUUGGCCUGUGUGAGGGCUUCUUCACAGAAAUGCAGCCAUGGGAACGAGUGGAGAGCUAUCUGUGA